AGGCCCAUUUCGUGUGAAUAGAGAAUCUCGCCCACCGGUCUUUCCGCACCGGUUGAAGUUGUGGUUCUAGUUGUCGCGGUAACCUCUCUUCGAUAGCAUUUUCCUUUAGAUUUUUAUUCUGAGAUGGCCCCUAAUGCACCUUACAAAUUUAAAGAAGGAGAGAAGGUUCUAUGCUUUCAUGGACCCCUAAUAUAUGAGGCAAAAUGCCUGAAACAAUCAUCUAAUGAUAAAGGCCCUAUCAAAUAUCUAAUCCAUUAUGCUGGAUGGAAUAAGAAUUGGGAUGAGUGGGUUCCUGAAGACCGAGUGUUGAAAUACAAUGAGCAGAAUCUUCUUAAGCAGAAGGACCUUCAGCGUAACCAUGCAGCAAAUCCAGUCAGUAAAAAGAAAGCUGUAAAAGCUGUCAAGGGUAAAGGGGGUGACGGGGACACUGAUAGCCGUUCCUCAACUCCCACUCAGAAGGCAUCUGAAAAGUCUCAACCAUCAACACCGUCAUCUUCUCAAGAUUCGUCCAGUGAUGUGCCUAAAAAGAAGAAGAGCAGAGCAGAUGCCACUGUGGAAACAGAAGAACAGUUUCUAUCUAAAGUAGAGGUUAAAGUGAAAUUGCCAGAUGAACUUAAACCGUCUCUUGUUGAUGACUGGGAUCUCAUUACAAGACAAAGAAAGCUUGUCAACCUUCCAGCAAAGCUCACUGUUGAUGAGAUUCUGGAUAAUUAUGUCAAAAUGAAAACUUCCAGCAAGAGCAACACUCCAAACAAGGAAAGCUGCCUGAUGGAUGUAGUACGAGGAAUUAAGGACUAUUUCAAUGUUAUGUUGGGGUCACAACUUCUUUACAAGUUCGAGCGUUCACAGUAUAGUGAACUAUUGGAGCAGCAUCCUGACAAGUCUAUGAGUGGUAUUUAUGGAGGAAUUCAUCUCUUAAGACUUUUUGUGAAACUGGGAAAGAAUUUAGCAUACACACCAUUGGAUGACAAAAGCAUUCAACUGUUGUCAAUGCAAAUCCAAGACUUUUUAAGGUACAUGGUUAAAAACAAAUCCACUAUUUUCUCACUUCAAGAUUAUGGCAUAGCUUCACCAGAAUACCAGAGAAAAAUCAUCUGAAAGUGGCAACUGAUUUUUGUUGUAAACUUACAAAUUAGGCAUUGGUGCAGAUUUUAUUGAUGUAACAAUGUACCAAUAUUUUAAUUUCUGUAGAGUUUGAAAUAUGUUCCAAGAUAGCCCUCAAAAUUGAACAUUAAAAUUUCAAUCAUACCAGUGUUACACGCUAGGUGCAUUAAACCUGCACAUCCCAACUAACUUAUUUAACCAAUCAACAGAUUUUUGCCCUACAAAAUCACAUAAAUUAGUUUGAAGUUCUGUUUAUAGCGAACUCCAGGAAGAAGUGAUGUGUAAUUUUCCCAUUUCUGUCUGCUCCUGGUGUUUUCUUUCUUACCUCAGUUAUGACUUGGUUUAUAAUACUGACUGGAUCCGUUUUUAUUGUAUUGAGGCUUAGAUUAUUGGAGCCGGUAAAUCUGUAACAGGAUUGUCUAUUGUAUUUUUAAGGAAGAGCACAGUCCUUCCCAUUUGAAUCUUCUUAAAAUGUUGGUGUCCAAAUAUUUUUGCCAUAUUUUGUUAGUUAUUACUAAUUUUAGUUUUAUGUGUAAUUGUCUUUACUGUGGCAUAGUAUGAGUGGCACUGAUAUGUUUUGUUGAUAAGCAUGGGACUCAUUUUUGAAACGCCUGUACAAUUCCUUCUGUAUGUAUGACUGAUGUAUUUCUAUGUUGAUUAUAGAAGACCUCUAGUGUAAAUAUAUUUAGAUUAGUGUAAUACAAUAUCUGGAAUUUACAA